AUGCAACCUACCGGCGCGUUCUACUUCUCGGCCGUGCUGGCCGUGCUGGCCCUGUUUGCCGUGGCCUCGUCGUCGGCCCUGCCCACGUCGGCCUCGAUCCCGAAUGUGCCCUACUUCCGCCAGGACGAGACCUUCUCGUGCGGUGCCGCCGCGUUCCAGUCGCUGCUCUUCCACGCGGGCCGGUACGUCAAGGACCAGAAGGAGAUCGUCGACGUGCUGCGCACCUCGCCGCUGGGCGGCACCAUCGCGUCGGACAUCUCGCGCGGCACCUUCUUCUCCAACCUGUCGAGCGCGCAGGGCACCGUCUACCCGGCGGCCGACCGCGCCACGGCCGGCUGGAAGAACUACACCGGCGGCGUGCCCGGCCUGGGCCUGGUCUCCUACGAGCUCCAGCCCGGCACCUGCGACAUCAACGCCGUCAAGCAGCUCGUCGCCGGCGGCCACCCUGUGCUGGCCAUGCUCUACUUCUACUACAACUCGACCUCGACCGGCACCCUCUACUACUUCGGCCACUUCCGCGUGAUCUACAGCUACAACGACAACACCCAGACCCUCCAGGCCAUCGACCCGUGGGGCCGCGACGGCGUGCCCUCCAUCUUCACCUACUCCUACAGCCAGUUCUGCGGUGCUCUGGGCUGGAACUACGUGCAGGCCUCGGGCGAUAAGGCGAUCGGACCCUACUGGGCCACGGUGGUGUCCAACUGGGAGCUCGAGCUCAAGACCUACCGCCUGGGCGGCUACGCCGUGGUGGUGGCCGACCUGGCCUUCCCCUGCCCGGCGCCGCUGUGCUCCGCGUGGGACAACAACGCCGCCAGCAAGACCUUCGCCAACGUGUCGCUCACGCUCACGCUGCCCGCCGGCGCCAAGCUGACCAUCGCCACGCCCAAGGCCACCAUCAACUUUGGCACCCGCCAGUCGAACCAGCGCGUGCAGGCCGUGUGGGUCGUCGAUCUCGCCGAUUGCGGUGCCGACCCCGGCCAGGUGAGCGCCGUGGCCAAGGGCUUCACGUCGGGCUCCACCAUCGACUUCUACGGCUUCCCCGACCUCGUCUAUCCCGGCUAUAACUGGACCGACGCCGUUGGCACCCAGGCCACCGCCAGCCUCUAA